AUGGGGAAGCUCGAGGACAACGAGAGGGUGAUCCUCAACGUGGGGGGCACGCGGCACGAGACCUACCGCAGCACCCUGAAGACUCUGCCGGGGACCCGCCUGGCUCUGCUCGCCUGCGAGUCCCAGGGCGAGUCCCCGGGCGGCGAGGAGCCGCCGCCGCCCCCCAACCCUCCGCCGCCUCCGCCCCGCGGGCGGCGGCUGCAGCCCCGCGUCUGGGCGCUCUUCGAGGACCCUUACUCCUCCCGUGCCGCCAGGUUCAUCGCUUUUGCCUCUUUAUUCUUCAUCUUAGUUUCAAUCACAACCUUCUGCCUGGAAACACACGAGGCUUUCAACACUAUUAUAAACAAGACUGAGCAGGUCAUCAACGGGACAGAAGCUGUGUUCCAGUAUGAGAUUGAGACAGAUCCUGCACUGACGUACGUGGAAGGAGUCUGCGUGGUAUGGUUUACAUUUGAAUUUUUAGUACGUGUUAUUUUUUCUCCCAACAAACUUGAAUUCAUCAAAAACCUCUUGAAUAUCAUUGACUUUGUGGCCAUCCUGCCCUUUUACCUAGAAGUGGGCCUGAGUGGGCUCUCCUCCAAAGCUGCUAAGGACGUGCUUGGUUUCCUCAGGGUGGUAAGGUUCGUCAGGAUCCUCCGGAUUUUCAAGCUCACCCGGCACUUCGUGGGCCUCAGGGUGCUGGGCCACACUCUGCGAGCCAGCACCAAUGAGUUUCUGCUGCUGAUAAUAUUCCUGGCACUCGGUGUUUUGAUAUUUGCCACGAUGAUCUACUACGCAGAGCGGGUGGGAGCCCAGCCUAAUGACCCGUCAGCGAGUGAGCACACACAGUUCAAAAACAUCCCUAUCGGCUUCUGGUGGGCUGUGGUCACCAUGACCACCCUGGGCUAUGGGGAUAUGUAUCCACGGACUUGGUCUGGCAUGCUGGUGGGAGCCCUGUGUGCGCUGGCUGGAGUGCUCACCAUAGCCAUGCCCGUGCCUGUGAUAGUUAACAAUUUUGGGAUGUACUACUCCCUGGCCAUGGCAAAGCAGAAACUGCCAAGGAAGCGAAAGAAGCACAUCCCUCCUGCUCCUCAAGCCAGCUCACCCACCUUCUGCAAGACAGACUUGAACAUGGCCUGCAAUAGCACGCAGGGUGACAUCUGCCUGGGCAAGGACAACCAGCUGAUGGAACACAACAGAUCAUCAGUGUUAUCAGGUGAAGACAGUGCAGGAAGUGAGCAGCCACUCUCACCUGGUGAAAGGCUCCCUCCCAUCAGACGUUCUAGUACAAGAGACAAAAACAGAAGAGGGGGAACAUGUUUCCUACUGACAACAGGUGAUUACACGUGUGCUACUGAUGGAGGGAUCAGGAAAGAUAACUGCAAAGAGGUUGUCAUUACUGGUUACACGCAAGCAGAAGCCAGAUCUCUUUCUUAAUGGCUUGGGGAAGGCACAAAACAUGCAAGAAAGGUAAACGCCAUCCAGACUUGCAAUUUUAAGCUAGCAAGUGCUGCUUGGUACUGUAGUAUUUUCUCUACUCCAGGGUUCUUCAACAUUUUUAGAAGCUGAGUACCAAGUAAAAUUGAAACAACUUUUGGGGGCUUUUUUUUUUUUUUACCAUUGUAAGAGGGUAGUAGUUCUCAAGUCGGGUUUUGACCAGCCUUAUACCUCUGGCUCACGGGCUUCAAAAAUUCCUUCAAUGUUUUUCGAGGUGCUUUGUCCUAUAUGUUGUUUGUCUGUCUGUUUUGCAACCUGUCUCCUUGUAUUCUUCAUCUGUCUCCAUAAAGCACAGAGAUACUGUUAAAAUGCCCCCUUCUUUUAAGUUGAACUAAGAACACUUUUUCUCCUUUUUUCUUUUUUUUCAUAUGGACUAUACAUCUGUGUAUAGAUAGAAAUAUACAAUAUUUUUCAAGUGCAGUUAGUAUCAUCUAGACUAACUCGUGUGCACUCCUAAGAUUUUUUGAGCGGCUUUUCAGCACUGACCAGUUGCCUAUUGCAUCAAUCUUCCUCCUAGCAACCAGCAUUCAUUACAAUUUUGAAACUGUAUCUCCUCUAGUGGCUUUUUCAUUCAAUAUUAACCUCUGUUUAUGCAACAGGACAAAUGCAAUGGCAAAUUUGAGGUUCUGGGCUGGUGAGGAAAAAUUACCCUUAAACUGUAGAGCUUUAGAACUACACGGGGAAGACCAUAAUGACUAAAAUCUUAAGUGAUCCUUGAAAUUGUUGAAUAAUAUGUGACUGUCAUGUUUUACUUUUUUGUUAGGAAAAGAGAUUAAAUUUAUUGUUGACCGUGUAACAUGUUCUGUAUAUAGCCAAGCCCAAUAGCAUGACCUGCAUGUCAGAAUUCUUGUACAAUAAUGUAUUUAUCAAAGUAUACAUUUCUGAUAUUUAGAGAUGUACAUUGAUUUACUUUUGGUAAAAUAUUGUCAAUAGAGAGAUAAUUGCAAACAGCUUUUAGCAAAUGAAUUAAUAUACUAUCUGGUGCUGCUGUUAUAUUAACUACAGUGUUGUACAGAAUUUAUCAUGGAUUUUUGACUGCUGAAAAAGGGACAAUGGAAUUUAGCCAUACCAAGGACUGUACUGGAAAGAGACUGCUG